UUCUUUGGUCACACUGUUUAUUUACUUGUUUUUUUUCAUAAGCUUUCAUUUUAGCCACAAGAAGUGAAGAAAUAUUUAAAGAAAUGGCCGACUUUGAUUCUAGACUUAUAGAACUAGUACGAGCUAAUCCCAAACUCUAUGAAAAGGACCCAAGGAACACUCCCUACGAUGCGCAUAAAAAACAAAAAACAGAAAUAUGGCGCAGCAUCGCCACUUCCUUGAAAACCGAUGUGAACACCUGCAACACACAUUGGAACAAUCUUGUAUCCAAACUGCGUCGCGAGGUGGCCAAGGAGAAGCUGGGGGGUCCCGGCUCGGAUUGGAGUCUUCUGCCCCAGAUGCGAUUCCUGCAGCAUCGGCAUCACCACCUAACCAGUCAACACAAUAGGGCGGAUGUUAGCUGGCCUGAACCAAAAAAAGGGGAACAACUGGUAGUGGAUGUGCACGACGAGUAUGAUCAGUUACAGGAGGCGAUGGAUGAACAACUGGCGGGUACAACAGUAGCCACCGCGGUUGUUCCUGCUUCCACAGCACCCACGAUUCCGGUUCGCGCAGAUCUGAUGAAACGAAUAGAAGCUCUUCUGGAGGGACUAGAUACGGACAAUCGCAGUAAAGCCGAAAAACGUAUACUAACAUAUCUCUGCAAGUGCAACCUGUCGGCGUUAAAUCAGGAGCCUAUUGAUGACAUAAAUAUUUAAAGAGAAUAUAUAAAAAACUAACCCAAGACUAAGACUGCGUUAAGACUAGCAUUUGUUGACUAAAUUAUGAAUA